CUGUUAUGAAAGCAAUAGGUCACGGAGGUCAUAUAUUUAUCAUCAUUGACUAUAUUAUAAGUGCGCAAUUCACUAGCAUAAUGGUUGUUAGAAUAGCAAAGAGGAAUACAGCAGUUGUUCAGUAUGGAAUUUUCUUUUUUCGCUCUAUGUCGUCAGGAGGUGUUGAUUUUCGCCUUGAUACUUUGUCCCCAAGAAGUGCUCCUGGAUUCAAAUCAUCAAAGAAAUUAUGGUGGGCAAAAGAAGUGACACCAAAACUUUAUGUUGCUGGAGGAUUAACAGAAACGCAAAUAAAAUACGCACAUGAUGGAGGAUUUAAUGGCGUUAUAUCUCUAUACCAAGAAAACGACCCUGGUCAGUUUGGGGGUGAACAACUAGCAUCUGUAUUAGAUGCCAAAUAUGCUGCAAAGAUUGCCGGUCUUCAGUUUGAUGCCAUUCUGAAAGAGAACGAAGACUGGGCUUGUGUUAAAGCAGUUGAGAAACUAACCCACUCAAUUAUUGAAAUGGAGAACCCAAUUUUGCUCUAUGGCAGUCAACCACAAGCUGUAGCUUUUACAACAUUAUUGCAUACGGCUCACAUGUCAAAACUGGACUCUAAAUACGAACCAAAAGUUAACAGUGAGAAAUUCUAUAAAAUGAGUGCUCUAAUGGGAAUGGAUUUCACAGCAGAUAAGUUGAAAUCGGUUGUUGCAGAAAUAACAGGUGAGCCAAUCGUUAGUAACCCACCAAAAUGUGAUGCAUAUCAAAAUUGGUUAGGAUAUUGGCUUGCUCAUCCUGUGUAUAAGAAUUGGUUUACUGCCGGUCAGAUUAGAAGGGGGCAUUUAAAGGAACUGGAAGCUCAUGGAUUUAAAUCGGUCAUCAAUAUGCGGAUGGGUAAAACUUUGGACAGCAAUCCUUCACAAGAGACUGUAAAUCUCAUCAACAUACCAGACAACGUCAAUACUUAUGACGAGAACUAUAACCCUGUGCGACAAACACAAUCGACUUUGGAAAAAGUGGUCUUAGAUCCAGCCUUGGACAGAAAACAUAUAUCUCCUUCAUCAAUGGUUAAUUAUGAAACCCAGAACGCCGAGGAGUAUGGUGACGAAAUUGGCUUUAAUGAAGAAAUUGAAAGCAAACAUUUUAAGGAAUCAUCAUUGAAAUAUUACCAUUUACCUUUAGAUUUAAAUGUAACAUACAGCGCAGAUGUAUUUCAACAGUACAAGGACAAGCUACUAGACAUAGGACGAGACGGUCCAGUUUUGUUUCAUUGUGCUAUAGGAAAAAGAGCUGCAUUUAUUGGCGUCCUGGCAGCGGCAUUACAGUACAAUAAAGAUUUACCGUGGGCUUUGAAGCGCAUCAAUGAGCUCGGAUUUACUGUCAACGAAACAAGUUUUAGUGAUGUCUACAAGAUGUACAAUGACGUGCUUAAGAAUACAUGACUUUAAAAAUUUCUUUGCACUGAUUUUUUUCUUCAGUAUUUCUAUGAUCAUUUUCUCUUCAACAUAGAAAAAACUAAUGUAACAUUUAUUGAAAUCAUUGCUUUAUAAUUUCUAUAAGUUGUUAAAGAGGUGACGGAUCUUUUUGGUUCUAUCGCAAAUGCAUUGCUUAUAUAUAAUUGGGCUGAUUAUUUUGUUUAUUUUCGAUUUUGAAUUGCAUUUUUAAAUAAAGAUGUAUUUUUACUGU